AUGUCAAACUUCUCAAUGGACAUAAAUUCCUCCCUGGAAAGAGCGUAUAGGACUGUUCCAAUAUUGAAACCUGUGGUUUGGAGCGGAAUAAAGGAACUUUUGGAUGUUUCAAAAAACUCCCUUGGAAAUAAGCAAAGAGAGGCAGGGUAUUUUGGUAUAUCCAAGCGAGCAAGUAGUGGGAAAGGAAUAGUAAAUGAUCUGGGGAUCACAACUUUGGAGCGUUCAAUUCAAUACCUCAGUUCCAGGCUGGAAAGUUACGAUUCCAGGAGAAGAUACUUAGCAGAGGCUUUUAAUUUUAAGAGGGCCCCUCAAAGAGGAGGAUGUGGACAGGAUAAAGACAACUAUAGUGAAUUAGGGUCUGGAGGGCUUCCCAAGUAUCUUCAAACGAGCUAUUCAAAUUUCCUUUCGUAUUUAAUAGAUGAGUCUACAACCUCAAUUUUCCAAAUUUAUUACUCAGAAAUUUUUGAUUUGUUUUCUACUGAAUGGAAUGAAAGGAAGUCCAAGAUCCUUGAUGGCCAGAAACCUAAUAUUGUGUCAGGAUACUGUAGUGAGAAUUCUCAGUUAUCUAAUAGGCCAGAAUUCGGGCUUUUACUUAAUAACAGGAAACCACAAUUUGAGACAAUUCAGGAACAUGGAAUUGGUUCUAAAAGAAGUGAAGACUCUGUUAAUGAGUACUAUUAUCUUCUUUCUGAGAUUAUCCCUAAUAUUAGUAUUUCUGAUUUGACUUCAGACAAAUAUAUAUCUAUCCAGAAGAUGUGUCUUUCCUCUUUUAAUUCUCGUAUCCAGUUGAUUCAGGAAAUGGGUUCUAUUUUGGCUCCUGUAGAGUACAAGGAAGAAAUUUCAUCUCUAUGGAGACUUUUAACACUUUUAGUAGGGAACUCCUCAAAGAAUAAUUACACAACUCGUCAGAUGAUUUCAAAUUCAAUCAGAGCUUUAGAGGUUUCUGCUGUUGAUAAUGUUUUGUAUAAUAACUCUAACAUUUUGUUGGGAAACAGAUAUGGUUCAGGAGCAGGUAGUAACGUACUUAUUUCUUUAAAAAACUUUAUUAAUUUUUGCAAAAAGUUGUUUAUAAGUGAUACAACGGACCAACAAAACAUGAAUUAUCACAUGAAUUUCCCUAGUGAGCAGGUUCACUAUUGGUUUUUGGCCUACUGGGCAUUUAGAAUAGGCUCUGGGCAGAUACUUUGGGAUAUGGCAUUCAAAUUCUCCCAUGUACCUCAAAAUUUCUCCCUGGUAUGUAAAUGCUUGGCAGCAAUUCUUCUCUCAACGAGCAGUUCUUUGCUGAUUUCUCAAACUUGUGACGAUAUUAUUUCUGGAGAAGAGAACUGGAUCAAACAGUGUGUUCAAUUUGACUUCAAUAGAGACCUUUACUCCAGCAAAGAGUAUAGAGAGCUAAACUCUAUGUUCUACUCCAAGCCUAGCCAAGAUGCAGACUUUAGAGAGCAGGCUUAUUAUCAGAUCAUAUUCAGCAUAAUUAAUGCAUCGUCUCAGUCUUUAAAUUUGAUGAAGCUUCUUCCUAAUACAAAUGUGGAGGAUUAUAUUUGGUAUCAGCUUCAUAUUAUCCUUAAGACAAAUGACGAUAAUGAAUCAGCAAAGGAGUUAAAUACUUUGUACAAUAAGCUCAGAAAUCAGGGAGAUCAAUUCUCCCCUCAUGGAGGGGAAUCCUCAAGCCCUGAUUUGUCCAUUCAUCACCAAGAAGAAGUAAGUCCUUUCUUACUAACUCAUACAUCUAGGAGAGGAGAGGUUUUGGGAAGUAGUACAAAGUACAGCUCAAAUCGUAACCAAACUUCUUAUUUGCAUGAAAGAAGUAUAUCUAGAGAGGUAAACAAUAAAUUAAGUCAGAAUGAUAGGAUCAUUAAGGAGCAGACAAGCCUAAACAUGGCAAGACUUAUGUGCUAUACUCUACACUUUGGGGAAGCAAUGAGGUGGAUAUAUUCCUCUCAUCACGAAUUAAAGAUUAUACAACUUCAAUGGGUACUUUACUUAGCUAUUGCUGGAUUAAUUCCUCUUUGGAAACGAACAGAAAACGACCAGAUGGGAGCUUUUUAUUCAUUCUCUGACCUAAUUGAACCAGAAGAAAGAGUACUGAGCUUAUAUGAAGUCCUUCAGAAAUCUAUUAAAAACUUCAAUAUACCUUUCCUUUUUGUUGCAAAGCUUGCAAGACUUUUCCCAGAAUCUAUGAGAACAAAAAUCCUACAGGAUUACGUGGAGUUCAGUCUUUUACAUGAUAUUGUAGAAGAUGAUUACACUGAUAGUGCCAGUUUCCACACUUAUAUCGAACAAGGAAAGUCUUUUGUUAAGUUUGAUACAUAUGAUAGUAUGAACACAAGUGAUUAUUCAGAGAUUUGCGAAGAAAUAAACAGCAUUAUAGCAAGAUUAGCCAAGAAUAGAGGCCAUUAUAUUACUUCAAUUCUAUUUUUCAUGGAAGCAAAUCUUUUGGAGGAGGUUCUAGACACCAUUCUGGACUGUUUAAAACUACCAGUAUGUUACUCUUUCACUACUCUCAACACAAGACAACAACUUUUCUUUGAUAAACUCCAGACUAUCAUAAACAAAGUAUCUUCUGACUCUACCUAUUUACACCAGGGACUUACAGUUCAGACUAAGCUGGACGAAGUUAAGUAUCUGAAUGAGAUUGUUCACACAUUUGUACUAAUUCAAAAAGGUUUCUAUCGUUCAGCUAAAGAGUAUAUAGAAUCCAAGAAAUUCAUCCCAAAGUCAGAGAGCGGAAUAAACUCUUCCAAUGUUGGAUUUCUACCAAAAAUCAUUGAAGGGUAUGUCGUCUCAUUGUUUGAGCUUUGUAGAAGUAACGACAGCAUUGGUAACAGCAUUCCAGACGAUGUACACAAUGCCAUCUUUUGUAACUUCCACAUCAUAAAUUCCCUUGUUAAUUCCCUGACUUCUAUGUACGGCAUUCAGGCGAGCUCUGCAGAAAAGAUUCAUAAGCUCCUUAAAGAGAUGCUAGUUCUAAUCUCAGCUGAUCAGCUCGCACUUUCUAAACAUUCCUAA